AUGCCAAAUGGCACGACGGGGUCUCUUCUCGACUCGAGGCCCGUGUCGGCAAAGACCAGCUCGAGCUUCGACUUCGCGAAUCGGCCUCCCACCAACUACCAGAUCACGGCCCUGCCGCAUAACGCCAUUGGCAAUCUCUCGCGCACCGACCAAAUCGUCCUGCGACACUUCUGGGACGUCAAGUACGACGAGAACAAGUCUCGAGAUCUCCAUUUCUAUCCGGGUCAUCAGGAUCUAAUUCCUUACUGUGAAAUCUACCACCUAGUGAAGACUUCGCCUGGUGCGAAGAUCAUCAGUCUCGGCAGCGCGAACGGCGUCUACAUUGGAUUUGAGCUCUUCUCGGGCUCCCAGCUUCACAUCGACAUGGACGACAGCUGGCAGAACAUCUCGCACCACCGUGUCUCCUUCAAGAAAUACGACAAGAUGCUGAAGGACCCAGCGUCAGACGCGACUUUCAAGUCCUGGCCGAAACCCUUGACGAUCGAGUUUCUAGAGGAGCAGUACCAACGCUGGAUGCUCGAUCUGACUAGUCUCUGCUGGGAGACCGCCGAGGUUAGGGAGCUUGGCGGAGGCCGUGGGGGCGGCGGUGACGGUCCAGAGGGGAGCGUUGACGGUGACCUGAAAGAUGAGAUGUUGUAG